AUGGUUGAGGCGAUUGACGAGAACGGGGACUACUGCGUGGACAAUCAGGAGUUCCUGGCUUUUGUGAAGACGCAAGUCAACAACCUCCUGGCCAGUGGCAUCUCAGGCCAUAGCACGCUGCCGGACUCCAUCGGCCCAGCCAAGAAGCCUCGAGCGCAUGCCGUCCCCGUGUCGGUGCCGGUGAAGCAGCCGCUGAAACGGCAAACCAGUGAUCUUGUCAAGGCGGCAGAGGUUGAGCAGGAGGUGCACCUCAGAAAGGCCAAGCAACGCAAGGCGGAAGCGGAUGAGGAGCGCCUUAAGGCCGAAGAGGAGGAGGGCAUCGAGGUCCUCAUCGAGGAGGAGCUGGGCCAAAAUCCCGAAAGUGGCGAAGGCUGGACGGAGUACAACUUCCAGGUGCCGGAACUCUACGGCUCCUCCGGCAAGAGCUACUGCCUCCUUGAGCCUGGAGCAGGACAUGGGAUCGACCUCCCUCCCAAGUAG